ACAUCAUCGUCUCCGCAGCGCACACGGCACACCCUCCACCUCACCUCUCUCCGGCUCACCGCACAACGAUGGCGUUCUCCACGGCCACCUCCACCGCCUCCACCGCUUCCCUCCGCCUCCUCCCGGCGCCGGCCACCCCGUCCUCCCGCCGCACUCUCCGCUUCCCGCCCAUCCCCCGCCGCGCGCCUCGCUUCCUCUUAUCCGUCUCCGCCCUCAGCAAGCUCUCCGAGGCGUCCCCUGUCCCCAUCCCGCAGGAGCCUGCCCAGAAUCUGCCCGACGAGGACGCGCUCCCCUCCAGGCCCGGGGUGUACGGCGUGUUCGACCCCGCCGGGGACCUGCAGUUCCUCGGGAUCUCGCGGAACGUCAGGGCCAGCAUCGAGGGCCACCGCAGGAAGGUGCCGGCCGACCUCUGCGCCUCCGUCAAGGUUGCCAUACCAGACGAGGAGGCACCAGACAAAAGCAUCCUGACCGAUGCCUGGAAAUCAUGGAUGCAAGAAUACAUAGCAGCCAGCGGCAAGGCGCCGCCGGGGAACGUGUCCGGGAACCACACCUGGAUCGGUCCACCACAGAGACCCGCAGACUUGCGUUUGACGCCCGGUCGCCACGUUCAGCUAACUGUGCCGCUCGAACAGCUGAUUGACCGGUUAGUGAAGGAGAACAAAGUGGUUGCCUUCAUCAAAGGGUCAAGAAGCGCGCCGCAGUGCGGGUUCUCGCAGAGGGUGGUGGGGAUCCUGGAGGCGCAUGGAGUUGAUUUUGCAUCUGUCGAUAUCCUUGACGAGGAGCACAACCAUGGGCUGAGAGAGACCCUGAAGACGUACAGCAACUGGCCGACUUUCCCGCAGGUUUUUGUUGGAGGGGAGCUUGUGGGUGGAUGCGAUAUUAUUUCGUCCAUGGCUGAGAAGGGGGAGCUUGCUGACCUUUUCCAGAAAUAGCACUCUCGCCUUGGAGUUUAAGUAACGUCUUGUUUUAUCAGGUGCAAAUUGCAAGCGUAUCUCCUGGAUUCUUGCAAUAAUACGUAGCUUAUUGUAAGGCACAAAGUUCUCUGUUCGGAAACCUAUCAAUUCGAGUUAGAUGAGGCAGUGCUGUGCUGUGAAACUUACUGGUUGUUUUUUGAGCAUAGGUAUAUGGGUGUUCGUAUUUUUGUGGUUGUUUCAGAUCUCGCACAUGAAACAUUGUAGCUUCAUGGGAAAUUAUGUGGUGCAUAAAGUGUGGAUUUAGUGAGAA